AUGGCCACCGAAAAGCAAAUGUACGAUGAUGUCGCUGGUGACUACGACAUCAUUUGGGCGACGCCGGCGGUCCGCAUUCUGUGGACGCUCCUCGACAACAACCUCCAGAAACUCGACGACUGGAAAGGGGCGUCGGUGCUCGACCUAGCCUGCGGGACGGGCAUUGGCCUCCGCGAGGCUCGUAAGCUCGGGGCAACCAAACUGGUCGGCAUCGACAUCUCGAACGAGAUGAUCGAGGUGUGCAAAGCCACCACCAAGGACGUGGAUCAGUUCCAGCUCCACGUCGCCGACUGCUCCCAACCCCUUGACCAUCUCGGCCUCGAGCCGGGCUCCUUCGACCUCGUCAUCGGCAUGUGGCUGCUCAACUACGCCGAAAGCGCCGGCCAACUGCAGGGCUUCUGGUCCAACAUUGCGAAGUAUCUCAAGCCGUCGUCUGGGACCUUUGUCGGCAUCAUUCAGAACCAGGAAACCUUCCAGCCAGAGUCUAUGAAGACGCUCAAGUAUGGCGCCAUGGAAUCCAACAUCCAGCAGCUCCCGUCUGGGGACGGCGUCAAGAUGCACGUCGAGUUCGACACGCAACCCAAAGUCGAGUUCGACACCUUUGUUCUCAAGCAGGACGUCUUUGAGUCCACGGCGGCAAAAGCUGGCAUAGAAAUCUCCCGCUACGUCCGGCCAGACAAGAGCGUGCUCACCAAGGAGGAGCAGGACAAUAUUGCCUGGUGGCAAGAGCUCUUGGAUGAGUACCCGAACCAGCUUGUUAUUGCCAAGAGGGCAUAG